AUGUCACAACCAAGAAGGUAUUCUCUUCGAAUGAGUUCACCCGAUCGGUUGGCGUUGCAAACACCAUGGGAGCGGCUCACAGUUGAGAGGAUACUGAGUGGGUCACAUGAGAAUGAGGAUGUUAUAGAGGAAUGGAAGAAACAACAUGAAAGAUUGAAUCUUGUCGAAGAGGCUGCCAGUGUUGUCGAAAAUAAACGGAAUGAUGGAGAUGGGAUAGGAAGUUCUGUGGGAUUAUCAGAUACUGCUGAUUUGAAUGAAUACAUAAUGAUAUCUUCUGAUAGUGAGAGGGAAAUGAGUCCUAUACAGGAGGAGCUGGAAGAAGCAUACUGGACUCGUGAAGUUCAUGAUGUAAAGAAGUUUUGCUCAAAUGUUAUGCAUAUUCCUGCAGAAAUAGUAGACAAAUGUGGACUUGCUGGAAUGGCAGAGAUUACCCUCAAUGAUGUGGACAACGGGUACCCAUAUGAGUGCAAUAUGAAGAAGAGGCCCAAAAAAAAUGAAACAUAUUUGUAUGGAGAAUGGUUUGAUUAUGUAAGGGCAGCUGAAUUAAAAGAAGGAGAUAAAGUGCACUUUGUGAUUUAUUACCCGCCAGUGUUAGAUAUUAUGGUUACAGUGGAGCGCAGUGGUGAUCGUUGAUAGAGCUGUUGGUUAGGCAAUGUUUGUGGUGGAUGUAUAGGACUGUUUGUUGGCAGUUUGGUUUGUAUGGGAAUUAUCGUUUUG